AUGGAAACCAAGCAAGUUUACGAAAAAGACUUGGACUGUGCCUCUGUAGAUUUGAUAUCAGCGCUUGUUGAUAUUUGUGAGAAACGAUGGGUAAAAGUGAAUGCUGGAGAAGUGGUCCGAAUGCAUCCUGAAGCGUAUAUUGUCGCCUCGAUGAGGAUAUCGCCCACUGGAUCGACGACGAAAUCCGCGGCGGUGGAUGCAGGCGCUGUGAUGUGCUCGAUUCCACUUCGUGUUCGACUGCCAGCGUUCAGUGAUGAGGAAAUGCGACGCAUCAUUUAUGUGAAAUACGGACGAGUGGCUCCGUUCACUCGCAAACUCAUAGCAAUAUUCAACGACUUGCUGAAGGAGAACACGCUCAGAAAACAGAACUCAAAACGAAUGCUCACCUCAACUGAUUUGUUUCGGGCAUGUGAGCGAAUGCAACAUUUAACGGAUUUAACGGACAAUAUAGCUGUGAUGGGUGAAUUGAUUGAUGUGUGGGCGAUGCAUUGUGUUUCAAUUGAAGACGUGAAGAGUUUAGCUGCAGUGAUUUCGGAUCGUUUGUCCGUAAAUCGUGACCAAUUGGAGUAUUACUUAAAUCUGCGAUUACCACCAAUCACCCUCGAACAAGAGCGUUUCAUAUGCGGACGCAUACAGUUAAGGAUAUCUGCCCAAAAGAUGCACACUGGACGGUAA